GUGUCCUUACGAAAGGAGCAAACAGUGUGGCUACUAAGAGAAUCAUUUCCGAAAAUGAUUGGCUGAAAAACCGAUCUAGGACAUUAUUCCCGGCCAAGCUAAGCGGCAGGAAACCGGAAGUGCGCGUUGCGCGCGGCUCUUUUGAGAGCUAAAACUUGAGUCUGAGCGCGAAGAAAAUGGAUCGGUACUUUCUGCUCGUCACCUGGAGGGAAGGAAAGUUUCGAUCGGUGGCCGGUGGGGAGAGCCAACCCGGGACUGAGGCGGCGUCGCUGGAGAGCAGCGAGAAACAGCCUCACUUGACAACAUCCAGUAUUUAUCACCUCUUGAAGAGAAGCAUCAGUGAUUCCAUUCAUCCAGAAGAUAGUACAUUUCCUGCUUGUUCAGUGGGUGGCACACCUCAUCCCAGGAAGUGGUUCUUUGCAGUGCAAGCCAUAUGCGGGUUUUACCAGUUUUGCAGUUCUGACUGGCAAGAGAUACAUUUCGAUGCGGAAAGAGAUAAGAUAGAAGAUGUUCUUCAGGCAAACAUAGAAGAAUGUCAGAGUGCCGUCGAGUGCUUGGAAGAGGACGACAGCAACAGCAGGGAAUCCCUGUCCCUGGCUGACCUAUAUGAAGAAUCGGCAGAAAGUUUACAUCAGUUAUCAGACAAGCUUCCAGCUCCUGGCAGAGCAAUGAUAGACAUAAUAUUAUUGCCUUCUGACAAAGAGCCUCCUAAAUUAAGAGAGUGCUUGCCUGCUGUAGGGGCACUGAAGCAUCUGAAGGAAUGGCAUGCAGCGAAGGUUACCGUAGCAGGAGAUCACUAUGAGACUAAUUGUCAGAAAAUUGCAGACUACCUUUCAGCUAAGGUUGUACCUUUCGAGGAGUUCAGAAAUGCCAUUGACUCAAGGGAACUGUGGAGGGGAGAGAUUCAGAUACGGGAAAGAAAGUUUGGAUUUGAAAUUGGUUUUCCCGAAUUUUGUUUAAAGGGAGUUACACCUACGAGUGUUAGUAUGCAUAAUUUAAAUACCUGCUUUCUUGCCAAAAAGAUAGCGCCAUCAAAAGAUAAGAAUAUUCUGCCUAAGGUUUUUCAUUAUUAUGGUCCUGCUUUAGAGUUUGUGCAGAUGAUAAAAUUAUCAGACCUUCCCUCCUGUUACAUGUCUGACAUCGAAUUCGAGUUAGAGGUGACCGGAAACUGCGGGAAGCAGAAUUCCACGCUGCUAUUGGAACAGCUCUCUUCUCUGUGUGGCAAGGUCGGUGCUCUUUUUGUGUUGCCAUGUACGGUUAGUAACGGACUGAUCCCACCUCCCAACCAACUGACUUCAAGAAAGUGGAAGGAGUACAUAGCUAAGAAGCCCAAAACAAUCAGUGCUCCAGCUGUUGCUGUGAAAGGAGAGCAGUCCAGCUACUGUCUCCUGGUGCAAGGCAGCGGCAAGAGACGGUGCACAGCCACAUUGCUCCACUCGGCCAGCCAGAUCAAUGGCUCCUUUGCGCUCAGUUUCAUCCAUGGGAAGAUGAAAACAAAGACGGAAGAAGCCUCGUUGAGUUUUCCUUUUGAUUUCUCAUCACUCCCGAGUUUUUCUGAGGAGCAGGUUUUGCAAAGAGAGAAACAGUUAGCCAGCGUUCAGCUUCUGGCUUUGAAAGAAUGCCUGAAAAGAAGAAAGGCUGCCAGUCAGCCUGAAGCAGUUUCUGCUGAUGAACUCAAAAGUCUGUUGGUGUUGACAAGGGAACGCUUCCUAGGUCAAUUUGAUGCCCUCGCCCCUAAAGCAGUUUUAACACAAACAGACAAAAUGAAAUCUGCUGGUAUGGUAAAUGAUGCCAGAACAGCGGAACCUUAUUCUUCAAGUCUAAUGGAAACCAAUCCUCUGGAAUGGCCAGAAAGACAUGUUCUUCAGAACUUAGAAACUUUUGAAAAAGCUAAACAAAAAAUGAGAACUGGUUCAUUACCUCGUUCAUCUGAACAGUUGCUGGGCCAUAAAGAGGGUCCCCGGGACUCAAUCACAUUAUUGGAUGCUAAGGAACUGCUGAAAUAUUUCACCUCGGAUGGAUUACCAGUUGGAGAUCUACAGCCAUUACAGAUUCAAAAGGGGGAAAAAACUUUCGUUUUGACACCAGAACUUAGUCCUCGGAAACUUCAGGUCUUGCCUUUUGAAAAAGCUUCCGAAUGCCAUUACCACGGGAUUGAAUACUGCUUGGAUGACCAGAAAGCUUUAGAAAGAGAUGGGGGAUUUUCCGAACUGCAGUCUCGUCUUAUUCGUUAUGAGACUCAGACCACCUGCACCAGAGACAGUUUUCCCGUCCCCACUGUGCUGAGCCCCCUUCCGUCCCCCGCAGUUCUGUCAGAGCCACGGAGUGUCCCCGACGGAGAAGCACUACAAAGCGAGCUCCGAACUGAAGUUUCUGGUUUGAAAAGGAGAUCUAAAGAUCCGAGUUGCCACUACCCCCAGAAAAGACUUACGAAAUCAGAAAGUUCUGAUUGUCUGCUUUCUCAGACAAGUUGCAGUAGUAAUCAUUACCGUCACGUGGGAACAUCGCGAAAGCCUCACGCAGCCUCUGUGUCAGUGCUUCCAGCUCCUCGUCGCGAGGCUUCCAAAGUUACGGCAAAGACCAGUGCAGGACAGAAGAGCGCGUGCGCAUCAAAACCACCAAAGCAAGUUAAGGAAUCGCGCUCACAGAAACACACACGGAUGCUGAAGGAGGUGGUGAAGGACACGCUUAAGCAGCAGCGCAUCUCCGAGGCCCACGAGUGCUUCGCCGCCUGCAGCCAGAGGCUGUUCGACAUCUCCAAGUUCUACCUAAAGGAUCUUAAAACAUCAAGGGGUCUCUUUGAAGAAAUGAAGAAAACGGCCAACAGCAAUGUGAUGCAGGUGAUCGAAUGGGUGUUGGAAAAGAGCAAGAGAUAAACUGUUGUUCUUCUGUUCCUAUGGAGACUGCGCACGUGUGAACUUAGAGAAUAGAUGGUACACGUGUAAAGAGGACCCUAGUGUCCUGUAUUUAU